GUCACUCUGUCUCACGUUGCUGGAGAAAGCAUGGGAGCUAAAAACAAGCAGAAAAGGCGAGGAAAACCCUCCAAAAUGAGCUUCGGGAGCGCGGACGGAGCCGAGGACGAGCUGGGGAACGGAGAGCUGAGCGAGGCGAGCGGAGACGAGGAGCCCGGGCCCAAAAAGGAUGGGUUUAACGCGGAAGAUAAGUUUAAUCUGGAGGAGGUUCUGAAGCUGGGAGGAACCCAGGCAGACUUUGUCAUGUUGUCUGCUGUGGAUGAGUCAAAUGAACUGAUCGAUGGAGGGAAGAAAGGAGCAAUUGAUGACCUGGAGGAGGGAGAGUUGAAGAAGUUCAUCACCAAACUAGGCAUCAGAGGUUACUCCAGUCUGCAGAUUAUUCCUGAUGAAGAGGAGGUUCCAGAAGAGACCAAUGUGGAGAAACUAGAAACACAGAAUGAGACCAAACCCAAAGAAAAGGACAAAAAGUAUGAGAAUGUUUCAAAUAAAUCAGACCAGAAAACAAAAGAGUCCAAGAAACUCAAAGCUAACUUGUUUGAGUUCACAAAGAGGAGUGCACUACUGAUCAAACCUGGAGGAAAGUGGUACGACAAUGACUACGCCUCCGAGUUUAGCUCCUCAAACCAGGACAAACAUCUGCUCUCCAAGUACAAGGCUCUGGCCCAGCAGCUUCUGGAGAAUGAGGUAGAUCUGUACAGAACCAAGAAGAACCUCCAGAAAGGAGCCAACUCCACGUGGAUGAAGACGGUGGUGUCCGCGGGGGUCCUGGCCGAUCGUAUGGCAGCCAUGACGGUUCUGAUCCAGGACUCUCCGGUUCAUUCUCUGGAACAUCUGGAGAACCUGAUGUCUAUGGUGAAGAAGAAGGGCUCUCGCAGGAUGGGUCUGAUGGCUCUGGACACGAUCCGAGAGCUGCUCCUGUCUGACCUGCUCCCGGAAAACCGCAAACUCCAGGCGUUUUCCCAGCGUCCACUCGAGUCGCUGGAGGAGAAGGCGAGUGGGAACAGAGACACCCGGGACCGCAGACUCCUCCUCUGGAUCUAUGAGCACCACCUCAAACUGCUGGUGGCCGAGUUUGUCACUGCAUUGGAGGCAGUCUCGCAUGACACGGUGCUCACGACUAAAACCAAGGCGCUGAUGACGGCAUUUGAGCUGCUGAGUGCACAGCCAGAGCAGGAAAAGGCUCUGCUCACACAGAUGGUGAACAAACUGGGUGACCCUGAGUACAAGCUAGCAGCUAAAGCAUCCCAUGUGCUAGAAACACUGCUCCACAGACACCCCAACAUGAAGGGCGUGGUGUGUGCUGAGGUUGAGAGACUGCUAUUCAGAGCAAACAUCGGAGAGAAGGCCCAGUACUACGCCCUCUGCUUUCUCAAUCAGGUGAUCCUGAGCCGAGACAACGCAGAUCUUGCCGCGCGCCUCAUCGGGAUCUACUUUUCAUUCUUCAACUGGUGCGUAAAGCGGCGACAGGUGCAUAGUAAGAUGCUGGGCGCAUUGCUGAGUGGAGUGAACCGUGCGUAUCCUUUCGCGGCGGAAGGAGACGAGGCAGUGAAGAAGCACAUGGACGCACUGUUCUCUGUGGUUCACGUGGUUAAGUUUAACACCGCGAUACAAGCACUCAUGCUGCUGUACCAGGUCAUGGACUCACAGCAGAGUGUGUCUGACCGCUACUACGGUGCCCUAUACAGAAAGCUGUUGGACCCUGGUCUCUCCGGGUCUUCUCGUCAAGGGAUGUUCUUGAAUCUUCUGUAUAAGUCCUUGAGGUCGGACACUGUUCUGAGGCGCGUAAAGGCCUUCUUGAAGAGGCUGCUCCAGGUCAGCGCCGAGCAGAGCCCAGCAUUUGUGUGUGGAGCUCUGUUUCUCCUGUCUGAGGUCCUGAAGAGCCGACCUGUGCUCAGAUGCCUCCUGCAAACCAGCGAGGAAGAAGAGGAGGAGACUUUCAGAGAUCUGCCCGACGAAGAGGAGGGAGGGCCAGUGGAGAAGGAGCAGGGAGACAAAGGAGAGGAGAAGGAAGAGAGAGAGGAGGAGGACAGCGAACGAUUUGUGCACACAAACAAACCCCAGCAGCCCCAUGAAGACAGGCCCAGUGCAUCAUGGGUACACCACCACAACAUGGAGGGAGGUAAAAGCGUGCAGUCCUACGACCCUCUGCACAGGAACCCUUUGUACUGUGGAGCCGACCUCGCCACACUCUGGGAACUACACCAGCUCUCAGGACACUUCCACCCCUCAGUGUCCCUGUUCGCCAAGACCAUCCUCCAGGGCAACAGUAUCUUGUACACUGGAGACCCUCUGCAGGACUUUACUCUGAUCCGGUUCUUGGACAGAUUCGUUUUCAGGAAUCCCAAACAGCUCAAAGGAAAACAGAACACAGAUUCUGUGGUGCUGCAACCAAAGAAAAACAAAUGGGCGUCGUCUCUGCCUGUGAACUGUGAGGAGUUUGUGUCCAGAGAUGAGAGCCAGAUUCCAGUGGACCAAGUCUUCUUCCAUCGUUUCUUUUGUAAACGUCGUGAGCAGCAGCAGAGCCGCAGACCUCGUCCUGAUGGAGACACGGAGAGCAUCGAGGACGUGGACGACGACGAGUUCGAGAAGAUUUUGGACUCGUGUGAGGGAGAUUCAUACUACGCUCAGCUCAAAGACGACGACCUUGACUUUGCUGGGAGCGUGAGCCAGAAACAGGGGAGAGCGGACUCUGGCUCUGAGGACUCAGACCCAGACCAGGACUCGGAUCUGGACUUGGACGAUGAGGAGGUGGAGCUGAGUCUGGAUGAGGAAGACUUUGGGGAGGAGUUUGAGGAAGAGGGCGGAACUUUCAUAGAUCCUGAUGAAGAUGAUGAAGAGGUCCCAGAGCUGGAGGAAGAUGAGGAUUUGGGAGAUUCAGAGGGGGAGAUGGAGGUUCAACCACAGAAGAAAAAAAACAAGAGAAAACAUUCAGAAGAGCUGGACUUUUCUCAAGGUUUAGGCCCAAAAGGAGCAAAAAAGAAGAAAGGAAAGAGUGAUUCAGCCAUGUUUGCAUCUUCUGAAGAGUUCGGGUCUCUGUUGGAUGAAAACUCUGGUUCUAAAUUCGAUAAUGCUGGACUCAACGCCCUGAGGAACUCUGACAAAGCAGGUGUGAAGCAGCUGAAGUGGGAGUCUCAGCGCGACGACUGGAUUCACGACCGUGACGCUAAAACUCUGAGGAGGAAGAAGAGCCUGUUCCAGAGGAAAAAGAACGUACAAACUGGAAAUAGGAAGUCCACCGCACGUGCAUACACAGGAAACAGGAAGUCCACCACACGCGCCUGCACAGCAAACAGGAAGUCCAACGCCAAGAGGAGGAAGUGA